GCCGGACCUGGGAAGUGGCAAGAAGGGGCACCGGACGGAACGCCGAGAGCGAAAAUGUGGGUCCGGCGGCUUCUUCUCCCUGGUGAAAGCAAGCGGCGCACUCCUCGCUCGCUUCAUCUUCGCCUCCUUACCGUUUUCUUCUCGUACGGCGGACAGGCUCUGGUUCCUUCCUCCCCCCCAUCCGCCACCAACGAGUAGUACCCUCGCCCCGGACCGAGAACAGCACGGGCAGCGCAGAGUCAGGAGAGAGGAGUAUAGUCCUUAUAAAAAGCCGCCUGCCACCCGAGACACGGCAUCAGUGCUGAGCGAGGCCUCCGAGCCGAAACGGCGCAGUACAGAGAUCUCAGACACAUGGCGAUCACAAAGGGCUUGAUACUGUCCCUCUGCUGGGGUCUGACCCUGGCUGGAGGACUUGGCGGCGGCGGCGGAGGCUUCGGCGGCGGCGGCGGAGGCUUCGGCGGCGGCGGCGGUGGCUACGGUGGUGGCGGCGGCGGAUUCGGAGGCGGGUUAGGCGGAGGUGGAUUCGUUCAGGGCGGCGGUGGCGGAGGAGGCGGAGGCGGCGGAGGCGGCUUCGGUGGCGGCUUCGGAGGUGGCUUCGGAGGCGGUGCCGGAGGUGGCUUCGGGGGUGGUGGCGGCGGCGGCUAUGGCGGCGGCGGUGGCGGCGGCGGUUUCGGCGGUGGUUUCGGCGGUGGACAUGGCGGAGGAUUCGGUGGU